AUGACAGAUAUCAAACUCUUUUUCUGGCCAGGAUCCUGCUCCAUAGCACCACAUAUCCUCCUGCAUGAAGCUGGCCUCGAUUUUACACCCUUGAAGGUCGAGGCUAGGGGGAAUGAAAUGGUAUUCCCGCAAGACUACCGCGAUGUGAACCCCAAGAUGCGGGUGCCAGUUAUACUUGUCGGUGAUGAAGUCAUCACCGAAUUCCCUGCCGUCUGCACCAUCAUAUCUCAGCUCUCCAAAGAGAAGAAGCUCAUGGGGCAAACACCACUUGAGACUGUCCGAGUAUACGAGUGGCUGAAUUACCUCUCGGGAACCGUCCACGCAAGUGCAUUCGGGCACCUGUUUCGCCCUUGGCGAUGGACAACGUCGGACGACCCUGAAAUCCACAACGGAAUUAAGGAGAAGGCCAAAGAGAACGCCAUUGGGUGUUUUGAAUACAUAGAGAGCCGGUUGAGAGAUGAAGUGGCGUUUGCAGUGGGCCAUGACCUUACUGCAGUUGAUGGCCUUUUGUAUGCCAUGUAUCGGUGGGCCAAGUCCAGUGGCCUUGUCUUGACGUCGUAUUCAAAGUAUACACGGCUCGUGGAGAAUAUUGAGAAGAGGGAGACAGUGAAGGCUACGCUCGAGAAGGAAGGAUUGGACAGCAUUUUGUCUCUAUAA